AUGCCGUCGAGCUUCCAAGACCUCGCUGAUUCUAUCGAUCAGGCUACUAGAGAUGGCCAGUUGCCCGGAGUCGUCCUUGCAGCGCUCGACAAGUCUGGUACCGAUGUAUUCUCGCACGCAUCUGGGCCUCUGUCGGUGACAGAUCCCGGCCAGGCCUCCAUCAGCCUGGACUCGGUUUUCGCGCUGGCAUCUUGCACCAAGCUCGUGACAACAGUUGCCGCGCUUCAAUGCGUGGACCAAGGUCUGGUGGAACUUGACCUGCCUCUGGAUAAACACUUGCCGGAGCUCGCGGCACUUCAACUAAUCGCUCCGGACGAGACGGCCAAGAAUGGCUACGUGCUGCAUGAAGCCAAGAAGGGCAUCACUCUGCGCGAGCUCCUGACACACACUUCUGGUGUUGCUUAUGACAUGCUCAGUCCACAACUACAAGCGUGGCAGACCGAGCACCGAGGGCAACCUUCGCUGGCAUUUGUCGGCAAGUUCUUUGGUGCUAUGGACGUUCCCCUGAUCUUUGAAAGAGGUCAGUCUUGGAUGUACGGGGCAUCACUUGACUGGGUCGGCAUUCUCAUCGGGCGACUCUCCGGCAUGUCACUCUCGGCUUUCUGCGCAAAGAAUAUAUUUGACCCUCUGGGCAUGACUGCAACCAUCUUUCACCUGGAGUCCAGUGAUAGCAUUCGCAGCCGACUGGUGCCCAUGUGCACUCGCACUCCCGAAGGCAACCUCAUCGCUGGAGGAUUCCAGUUGGCCGAUCCCGCUGUGGACGACUUGGGCGGUCUGGGGUUGUAUUCGUCGGCCCGCGACUAUCUCCGUCUGUUGCAGGAUCUGGUUCAAGAGAAGCCAUUGCUGCUGAGCUCUUCAAUGGUGGAAGAGAUGUUCACGCCCCAGCUGCCAGAUGGAAGCUCAUCGCUGGCCGAUAUGAAGCGAUUCGGCCCACUCCUAUGGGGCUUCUAUAUGUCCGACUCUGAGCCACUUGUGAACCACGGCCUCGGUGCGAUCAUCACCACAGGCAACAAUGCCACGUCCGGGACACCGGCGGGCGUUUUGCGAUGGUCUGGCUAUACAGGACCUUUGUGGGCUGCGAGCAGGGAGUUGGGUAUCGCAUGGCUUCUGGCUACCCAAAUAACACCGUUCGGAGACAGUAAGGUUGGAGCUGUUGCCGAGACAUUUUCGCGUGCGGUGUUCAACCACGCUGGAGGAGGAAGUUCCCAACCAUAG